AUGAGUCUUUGGUGUGAUAAAUAUCGUCCUAAGACAUUUAAUGAACUUGAUUAUCAAUUAGGACAAGCAGAAUUAUUACAAACGAUUGUAGCUAGUGGUGAUUUUCCACAUUUUUUAAUCUAUGGUCCAAGUGGUGUUGGUAAAAAAACUCGUAUAACAUGUUUACUUCAUGCAUUAUAUGGUGAUGGUGUU